GAGGCUAGUGGGACGGCGGUUUUGUGGCCGGGAUCUGGCACCGCAGGCGGUCGAAGUCGCGGUGCUUCGCUGGGUCUCGCUCUCCGGCGGCGGCGGCGGCGCGCGUGCAGGGCAAAAGCGGGGAGCUUCUCCUUCGCCGCCCGCCACGCCUCUUACUGGGAGGGCUCCGGAGUGGAGCGGGAACUGCGCGCCUUCCGCCCUCGCCUCGCAUUUGGCUAUGCCCCGUCCGGCGUUGCUGACCGUAGGAGCGUGAAGAUUUCUUGCUGGAGAUAUUUUUUUAUAUUUAACUGGUAAUACGUAAGAAGAAUUGCUUAACAUUAGAAUGGAUUUUAGGUGGAGCUAUCAAGAAAAGAAGUAUUAUAAUAAAGUUUAUGUCUGACAAGUGGUAUAGCUUAUCACAUAGAACAAUGACAAGUUCUCAUAUGAAUGGACAUGUAACAGAAGAUUCUGACAGUGAAACAAAAAUUAUGGAUCUUGCACCACUUGAAGAAUCUCAGAAACACAGGGAGAUGGCUGUGGAUUGCCCAGGUGAUCUAGGCAACCGGAUGAUGCCAUUACGACGGAGUGCUCAACUUGAACGGAUUCGACAGCAGCAAGAAGACCUAAGACGAAGACGGGAGGAAGAUGGGAAAAAACAAGAACUCGAUCUUAAUUCUUCUGUGCGACUGAAGAAGCUGGCACAAAUUCCUCCCAAGACUGGGAUAGACAACCCUAUGUUUGACACUGGAGAAGGAGUAACUCUGGAGAGUCCACAUUGUGCUGUAAAAAUCCUAGAAGUUGAUGAGCUGCUGACUUCUCUUAAGCAUGUCCAGCACACACUGAUAGAUCCACAAAGUCAAGAGGAAAUUUCUCUGAUUUUACAGCUUGUGCAAAAUACUGACUUUCAAAAUGCAUUUAAGAUACACAAUGCUGUAACUGUGCAUAUGAACAAAGCAAGUCCCCCUUAUCCUCUUAUCUCCAAUGCACAAGAGCUUGCACAAGAGGUACAAAAUGUUUUGAGACCGAGCCAUCAGAAAGAUGGGCUGGAACUUAAUUCUUUAUUGAAUGCUCCUCAUGUUCAGGCACUACUUUUGGCUCAUGAUAAAGUUGCUGAGCAGGAAAUGCAACCAGAAUCAGUGGCAGAUGAAAAGAUCUAUGAAAAUAUUGGGCUGUAUGGAGGAGAGACAGUUAAAAUUGUUCGCAUUGAGAAAGCUAGAGAUAUCCCAUUGGGUGCUACCGUACGAAAUGAAAUGGAUUCAGUCAUCAUUAGUCGAAUAGUGAAGGGUGGUGCUGCUGAAAAGAGUGGGCUGUUGCAUGAAGGUGAUGAAGUUUUAGAAAUCAAUGGAAUUGAAAUUCGUGGAAAAGAUGUUAAUGAGGUUUUUGACUUGCUGGCGGACAUGCAUGGCACUCUUACAUUUGUGCUGAUUCCCAGUCAGCAGAGCAAGCCCCCACCUACUAAGGAGACAGUGAUCCACGUGAAAGCUCACUUUGACUACGAUCCUUCUGAUGACCCUUAUGUCCCUUGCAGAGAGUUAGGUCUGUCUUUUCAAAAAGGAGAUAUACUCCAUGUGAUCAGCCAAGAAGAUCCAAAUUGGUGGCAGGCUUAUCGAGAUGGAGAUGAAGAAAAUCAGCCUUUGGCAGGCCUUAUUCCAGGAAAAAGUUUUCAGCAGCAAAGAGAAGCAAUGAAGCAAACUAUAGAGGAGGACAAAGAACCAGAAAAAUCAGGAAAACUUUGGUGUGCAAAGAAGAACAAAAAGAAACGGAAGAAAGUUUUGUAUAAUGCCAACAAAAAUGAUGAUUAUGACAACGAGGAGAUUUUGACUUAUGAGGAAAUGUCACUUUAUCACCAGCCAGCAAAUAGGAAACGACCUAUUGUCCUGAUUGGUCCCCAGAACUGUGGCCAAAAUGAACUGUGGCAAAGAUUAAUGCAUAAUGAAGCUGACCGAUUCGCUUCCGCAGUUCCUCAUACAACACGGAAUAGGAGGGACAAUGAAGUAGUUGGCAGGGAUUACCAUUUUGUAUCACGGCAAGUAUUUGAGACUGAUAUUACAGCAGGAAAGUUUAUUGAGCAUGGUGAAUUUGAGAAGAAUCUGUAUGGUACCAGCAUAGACUCUGUCCGGCAGGUGAUCAAUUCUGGGAAGAUAUGUCUCUUAAAUCUUCAUACACAGUCUUUGAAAAGUUUACGGAAUUCAGACUUGAAACCAUAUAUUAUCUUCAUUGCACCACCUUCACAAGAACGGCUUCGGGCACUGCUGGCUAAAGAGGGCAAAAAUCCAAAGCCAGAAGAACUAAGAGAAAUCAUAGAGAAAACCAGAGAGAUGGAGCAAAACAAUGGCCAUUACUUUGAUACAGCGAUUGUGAAUUCUGAUAUUGAUAAAGCAUAUCAAGAAUUGCUUCGUUUAAUUAACAAACUUGAUACAGAACCUCAGUGGGUUCCAUCCUCUUGGCUGCGAUGAAAAAUAACCAUGCCAGUGAAAAAAAGGCACAAGAUGUCUCAUGGCUGUUGGAGUUAAUAUUAAGUAAUCAGGUUACAGCCCUGGAACAGUAAGAUAAUAUGAAUGUUAGGAACUUGUCCUGUUCUCUUUUCUAGAACCAUCAGAUCCCUACUGAAAACAUCCAUUGGUUAAAUAUUGCAGCUUCUCUAGUAGUAGCUCUUUUUGAGAUAGAUGAGUUUUGUUACUUCCUUGUUGAUGGCACCCUUGAAUGUGAAUAUUAAUCAUUGUUUUUCUCAAUCAUAGCUUUUAUUUUUAUAUACUGUCUUACACUGGAAUUACUUCAACAUGUAGUUGAAUAGGUGAAGUAUUAGCUCUUUCUCUAUGUUCUUUCAUUUUUUCCCUCGUAAAAUAUGAAAUAGAAAAGAAUUCAGCAAGAAUAGUACUUUUUUUGUUCAUUGUUGUACAUGCUAUAUGGCACAUAGAGGCUGUGGGAAAAGUGGUUUAAGAACAAAAUUCCUCACUAUUGUAGACAUCCAUCAGCAAGCAAAAGAACAAAAUCUGGAAAUAUAAAACAGUUCCCUCCCAUUCAAAUUCUGUAUAAAUGGUCUUAUAUUUAUAAAGUGAUGGUAAAAUAAUCACCCAGUAAUGUGCUUCAUCCAAUAAAACCUCAGUAGAUAACAGAAAUGAUAUGGAAUAAUUCCUGUCAAAUAUGAGACAUAAUUAUGCAUCUCAAAUAGUCAACAUUGCCUAGAAUGCAUGACACAGAAAUGAUGUGUUUUUUCUUCAUUUGAUUUGGAUCGUUCGUAAAUAUUGGUGAUUGUUACAGAUCAUUUGAGAUGUAAUGCAUCCUAGCUUUUUUCUUUGCUUAAGAGAUAAGAAUGCACUAUAGGAUCACGUAAUUUACUUCCCAUCCUGUCCUGCCUUAUAUAUAACUUAGUUUUGCUUAUUCUGGUUAAACUUGCAUUGAACAUUUAAAACCUAGUUAAGUUUGUAGACCAGGUGUACAACUUUGAAACAUAUGUCUUGUUCUUCAUACCUAUGGCUAAAAAAUGGCCAUAUCUCAGCACCUUUAGCUAAUCUUGAAAAGUUUAGCGAGGUUGGGUUUGGAUGGGAAUUCAUCAGAAAAUCCCAGGGCUGUAGAUUAAACUGAGAAGUUGAAAAAGGCAGGGAAAGCACUUCAGUUUUGUUGUUACUAAGGAUACUUCAAGCAAAUGUCUAUGAAGUCACAAGGGAUCAAGCACAACUUAAUAGUAGAUUUUACCGUUAAAGUGUUGUGUCUGCAGGAUUACACUGUGGAUAUAAAAAUCUGUAUUUGAUCUUUUGCAAUACACUGCGUGCACAAUUAUUAGGCAAGUUGUAUUUUUGAGGAUGAAUUUCAUUAUUGAACAACUACAGUGCUCUCAGUCAAUCCAAAAUGUUAAUAAACCUCAAACCUGAAUAUUUAAGAAAGUAAAACUGAGAUUUUGGCUUUCUUAGGAGCAUAUCUAUAUGUGCAGAAUUAUUGGGCAACUAUUAGUGUGCAGAAUUAUUAUGCAACUAAAUGAAAAAUGAAAAUUCCCCCAUCUCACUCGUUUAUUUUCAUCUGUUAAAGUGAGAAUAAUAACUCAAAGUUUACAAAUAAACAUUCCUGACAUUUCAAACAAAAAAUCAGUGACCAAUAUAGCCACCCUUCUUUGCAAUAACAGUCAUAAGCCUUCCAUUCUGUCAGUUUCUUGAUCUGUUGAGGAUCAACUUUUUGUGCAGCAGCAACCACAGCCUCCCAGACACUGUUCAGAGAGGUGUACUGUUUUCCUUCACCGUACAUCUCCCGUUUGAGAAGGGCCCACGAGUUCUCAAUAGGGAUUAGGUCAGGUGAGGAAGGGGGCCAUGUCAUUAUUCUUUCAUCUUUGAGGCCUUUACUGGCUAGCCACACAGUGGAGUACUUCGAUGCAUGCGAUGGAAUUCCUGCAUAAACAUCAUGGUCUUUUUGAAAGAUGCAGACUUUUUCCUGUACCACUGCUUGAAGAAAGUGUCUUCUAAAAACUGGCAGUAGGUUUGGGAGUUGAUUGUGAGUCCAUCUUCAACCCGAAAAGGUUCAACUAGCUCAUCUUUAAUAAUACCAGCCCAUACCAGUACCCCACCCCCACCUUGCUGGCAUCUGAGUCGAAGUGGAGCUCUGUGCCCGUUACUGAUCCAGCCACGGGCCCAUCCAUCUGGUCCAUCAAGAGUCACUCUCAUCAGUCCAUAAAACCU